AGGACUUGCUGAUGUGUCAAUAUCAGAAGACAUUCCUGUUGAGGGAGAAAUUACCGUUCCGGUGGGAGCUCAUUCCCCUGAUGAAGACUUCUCCACACUGGAUGAGCCAGUUAAGGAUACAAUUAUGCGAGAUCUAAAAGCCGUUGGGAAGAAAUUUAUCCAUGUCAUGUACCCCAAAAAGAGCAGCACUCUCCUGAGAGACUGGGAUUUAUGGGGACCAUUAAUCUUGUGCGUGUUGCUUGCUCUGAUGCUGCAGGGAGGAGCAGCGAAUAACACCGAUGACCGAGGGCCUCAGUUCGCAGAAGUGUUUGUUAUCGUCUGGUUUGGAGCAGUCGUCAUAACACUCAAUUCCAAGCUCCUUGGAGGAACCAUCUCUUUCUUUCAGAGCCUUUGUGUGCUGGGCUACUGCAUCCUGCCCCUGACGGUGGCCCUGCUGAUCUGCAGGCUCGUGCUGAUGGCACACGACGGGACCGGCGCCUUCGUUGUGCGGCUCUUGGUGGUGAUCGCCAUGUUCAUCUGGUCGACGCUAGCCUCGACAGCCUUCCUGGUGGACAGCCAGCCUCCGAACCGCAAAGCCCUGGUCGUCUAUCCCAUCUUCCUUUUCUAUUUUGUGAUCAGCUGGAUGAUCCUCACCUUUACACCCUAGCGGGUGCCGAAUCAGCAAGGACUGCAAGACUGAAUGACGGUGGCUUCUGGUAUUUCCGGGGAACUGUCUCUCGGCCGUUGGCUCGCCCGCACGUUCCCUUCUAAUUUAUAUUUAUAGCGUGUCUUGUGAAAAGACGGGCACCCCAAGGCCAGAGCCAAGGACUGCGAUGAAUGUCACACCCACGUUCCUUGUUCCUCACAGAGCACUACUGACGCCUCUUCCUUCCUUUCCUCUUCUGCUGCUCUUCUCAGUGUCCACUCUGGGGCAUCCGUGCCCCACUGGCAGAAUGCUGGUGACGGAAAGUAGCUCAAUAAACUCCUACCUUGGCCUCCAAGUCCAUGGCUGAACAGACAUCCAAUACCUGAAGUUAACCAGUUUACUAGGUUUCCAGUCAUCUGUUGUCAUAUCAUGCACAAUUAAUGUUUGUUGCCUUGUGUGUUUUAGAAUAUGUGUUGGUUUUAGACAGGAGAUGCCUCAAAAUUCCAGAGCUCUCUGCAGUUGGAAGAAGGGCGCUCUCUCUCGUCCCGUCUCCUGCCUGCUUUCCACCAGAAGAGCCAGAUGCAACAUGAGCUCUGGUGCAUCAGAAGGUUGUUCCACCGAGCCAGAGGCAUCCAGUGCGUUCUCUGUAUUCCAGUCCACAUGGGGGGUCGUUGCACUUACCACCUGCGUCGAUCGCCUGCAGAGGAGUCCCAGCACAGUGGGAAUCUGUGUGUGGUCUGGCUGAUUUGAAUGCUUCCACGACCCGCGCUGUGCUAACUCCGCUCUGUCACAAAAGAUUCUGCCCUGCAGAGUGCGUAACGUCAGGCUCAGAUGCCUGAUCUGGGGCAAACAGGAGUGUUGGGCAAAAUGGAUUCAAUGGCUUUGGUGGCUUGGGGUUUUUGAGAGCAUCCGGGCCCUGGCUUCUCUACGCUGAGACAGCGUGUCUAGGAGAAACGCCUGUCCUUCGCCUGCAUCCUGCCAUCCAUCUCCAUGGAGAUGGCUGAUUUUCUGAGCAACCUCUGCAGGAAAAGAGGCAAGUCUGGCCGGAAAAUGCGUCCCCGUGCAGGAAGGUACUUGGUGCGCACAGUGCCUUUCUGGUGCUUUGUCACGGGUUGGGAAGACAAGCGAGGCCGCUGCCCAGCAGCAGAGCCCCUUGGUUGAGGGUCGGGGCCUGAUGGGAGGGGCAGUAGCGGCCGCAGCCGCAGCUGAAUGCAGUGUGGCAGUUUCUGGCCAUGAAAUGUGCUCUUUGCUCUUCAGCAGCAAAAGGUGUGCUUUGUAGCACACGAGCUGCUUUCCUGACCUCGCUGCGGAUGCCUGCCACUGUUAACAACAGGCUCAGUUUUGAGCUGCCCUUUGGCUUCCCCCCACCAAAAAGACCAGCCACCGGGCACCCGCCUCCUCCUGAAGCAGCCGAUGCUCUUGGCCCUGGUAGUUCAGGUCCGAGGUGCCGCUUCGCUCCUUUGCCGCCUGACAUGGAAAGAACAGGUUGGAGCGAUGGGCAUAUGCGCCGUGUGAGCGGCCCACGUUAGGUUUCGCGUGACCGUCUGCAAUAAACUCGGCAUUUAUUUGCGCAGGCUCCACAGGCUCUCUGCGUAGCGAGGGCCUGCCGGCUCUCGCGCGCUCAAGCGGCCAGCCACCGCUCGCGGGCCUGCUGGUGUUGACGGCAGCUCGCCGGCCCAGGCAAAUGGUGGCUGGUGUCACAGAGACGUCCUCGGAGCGACCCUCCCUCACCUGGCGCCCUGCAAAUAGGUUGGACUCCAGUCCCCAGCAUUCCUGCCCACUGUUUGUGAUGGCUGGGGCUGGUGGGAGUUGAAGUGCAAAAGUCUGUCAUGGGAGGCAGCUGCAAGGAGCCACGUGCCGGUAGACGGGGCAGGGGACGAGUGUGAGAACCGAUUCUGAACGGAGAUGGAGGUGCCCCUGCCUGACACAGCGAUGCAAGGUGCGCUGUGGACUCGACGGGGAUGAGGGUUACCGGUCGAGGAAGGAAAGAUCCCUUCAGAGGAGAGCGAGGCACCAUUCUCUCUGCGCUUGCGUGCGUCCACCGCACGUGACAGCUGUGAGCAUCUCAAGUCCUCUGAGAAAAGUACAAACACUAGGCGUGAUGAUACAGUAAUAGUUGAAGAGCAAGGUUGUUUAAAGAAGUAGUAGAAAUCAGAUUAGACUUUGCCUUAAUGAAGCGGGUUCUUGUUUUAAAACACUCCAAUAGUCGAUCCAUGUUUUCUUCAAAUCGCUAUUCUGUCACUGGCUGUAGCUGUGAAAGCAUCACUUCAAAUCUCAAUUUUAAUGUUGGUCUUGUACAUAAUUUCACUGCUAAUGUGUGCAUUCAGGGUGGGAAAUGAAACGUGUACAAUAUUUAAUUGUAAACUUUUAUAAAUUAAAACGCUGAAAAAGA